AUGGCAAAACAAUGGCUUGUGGUUGGAGAUGAAGAAGAAAAAGAGGGAGGGCAAUUUGGUAAUAGCAUCCUUUGUACUCUUGAGAACUCCACAAUCGCUAACCGUUUUACUUUAAGGCAUGGAUUGGAAAUUCUCAAACAAGACCACCAAGCAUCUUCUUCUGAGCUGCUUUCUAGUGCAAAAUUGAUGGCUGAGGCGGCAAAAAGUUCAUUCAAUCAUGAAUCUGACAAGGUAGACAAGGGCAGAGUUGCUGGUGCUGCUGCAAAUCUUCUUGAUGCGGCUUCUCACUAUGGCAAACUGGAAGAGAAGAGCUUUGGUAAGUAUGUAGAAAAGGCUGAGAAGUACCUUCAUCAGUACGGCUCUUCACAUUCCACCACCACCACCACCACCGCUAACGCAGCUCCCAAUUCUGCCCACCAUGCAUCCCCUGCCACCGCACACUCAUCGUUUGCUUCUAGUGAUGAUGAUGGGAAAUCUGGAAGUGGGUACGGAGACUACUUCAAGAUGGCUGAAGGUUUCUUGAAGAAGCAUUAAAGUUAAUCAAGUAUCUAAGUGUGUACUUAGUGUUUGGUGAUUUGUGAAAAUAGUUUGUGGUCUUUCUUAAUUUCCUGUUUUUAUGUCAUUAUAAAAUCUGUAGCAUGCUAUUAGCUUGUUCUAUAACCAUGUUGAUGUUAAGCUAUUUUUAUUUUACUUUGAACAACUGGUUUCUGAUUAGUAGAAUCAUGAAGCAAAGGUUGGAUUGAAUUUGGAUAUAAACUUGUUAUUUCA